AUAAUGCGAACAUGGUAGAUUCUGAAAUUUGUUUAGACUCGUUUCAUACUAUCGGCAUAAACGCCAAAUCACGUGAAGAAAAUGUCCCAAUCGUCAAGCAACAAUAUGUUACACCUGCAAGGUGCGCUCCGAAAGACACGAUUCCAUGCCAAAUCAUACCGGCAGCUCCAAACGAAGAAGAAGACGAGGAUGAAGAAGCAUCCAAUAGUUUUGGUCAGUAUAGCAAAUAUCCAGCACGUUUCCUAACUUACUCCGAUCAAGAGCAAAGAAAAAGAACGCUUAGAAAGCAGUAUCGUUUCACCGGCUACCGACCACGCGGGAAGAAUUCAUUUGUUCCAUUCAAAAACAUGUUUACUAAACCAUCACAAGAGCAUGCGAUUGACGAUCACGCAGAUAUCGGGAUUGACGCGCGUGGAAAUAUCGUGGAGGAUAAAAUGGCUACUUUGUCCAUAAAAGAUCUGAGAACCAUCGAAUCUACCCGACAGAUACUGAAAAAGGAGAUACACGGGAGGAAAAAGUCGUCAUCUCAUAAAAAAGUCCCGUUAAGUAUUUUCAUCACGCCAAAGCCAGAUUGUUCCUCAAAUGUAACCGAACGAGAUAUUUUGGACACAAUUAGCAGCGCAGAAAAUGUGAACGAAACUCAUAUCGGUAUUAAUUCUUCACGCCAAAUUGACGUGACCAGUGAUCACUUGUACGAAUAUGAAAAUGCAAUCUCGAUGUGUAAAGAAAGUGUUUUCCCCCCAAGAACUGUCAACAAACGAAAGUCAGUUGUUGAGAUUAGCACUCAAGUAUCACUUGCUAGUCCUGUGCACAGCGACGUCGAAACCUUACCAGCUGACAUUUUGGAAACCGCUAGCAGGCAUUCCAAAUCGAUCGAACUCCCCGAGUCCAGUGGCCCGAAAUCUGCAUACGUGCAUGACCUGGAGGGACCUUCACGUGAUGCAACCACGGAAAAACGUUCCCCAACAGAAGCAAAUGAUUUUUCGACAAAUAAAAAGUUCGUUGAUUGCGGUUUUCGAUCUAUAACGGCGAAGCCAGCCUUCAAGCAUUGUAAAUCAUUUCCGGUUCUCGUCACAAAAAGCAGAGCUAAUAGCAGACGCUCGUCAGUCGUCAGCGGGACACCAGCAUGGGUAGGGGCUACGUCCCCCGUGACAACUGACAAACGACCUCAUAAAAGAAAUCUAGUUCGAAAAAAGUCGGAAAUGCAGCACGUGUGUUCGACGGCGGUUUACUUGCCAGACGAGGGAUGUCUCGCUGGAGUCCAAGAAGCUCUCACGCUUCAGGCAAAGCUGGCAGCUUCGAACGUCACCGUUGAUACUGCCACUCUGCUUAGGGGAAUCCUGACUCCACCUCAGUAUCGCCAACUCAGCUGUUGUCCAGUGUUGAAGCUCUACGCUGGAUGUUAAGGCGCUGAUCCCGACGCAACUUGACCGAUCAUACAGUGCUCUGUGACUGCCAUUUGUCUACACGCAUUGAAAUAC